UGUUGCCGCGGCGAGCGGCGAGCAGCUGGCCGCUCCUGCAGAGCUCCGGGGCGGCAUGCGCGGCUCGCUGUGCGGCGGGGUGGGGGAUGGAGGACCGCUCAGGGCAUCGGGACAUGAAAUUACGCUUCUAACUUUAUCUCCUGUUAUCAUCUGCGAUUUAAAACGCGGCCGAGGGCAGCUCGCCCGGCCACGCUCGGGUCCUGCUUUUAUGGCGAACGUAGUUUUUGAAAUGUUUUUUCUGAACUGCGUCACUGCUGGUCAGCAGGAUGGCUGAGAAGGAGUCCGAAUCGCCUGGGAAACUAAAGACACUAUUAUAGCCCAGCGCUGGCUUUGUUUUGUGUGUUUUUUUUUGUGUUUUUAUUUUUUACCCUCCCACCUCCCGGGACCUUUUCCGAACGGACGCGUUUUCCUGCAACAACUUUCCCCACCCGUGGAUAAUGGAUGGCAGAGAUUUCGGUCCUCCUCGAUCCGUCCACGUCCCCCCGCCGCUGCUGGCGGGGCUCGGCAUGGAGUCUCACCGACUCGGAGCGGCGGCGGCGGCCGGCAGGAUCGCUCCCUCGCCCGGCCACUUGGGCGCGAACCAUCCGCCGCCUCUCCACUCCGGGAAAUUUCUGCCAUCGGCCAUUAACCUACAUCCACACCACAGCGACGCCUUCCCGGCAGGCUCCAGUCCCUUCCUGUCAGGUUACCCGGGCCCCUCGGACCCCGCGUACAGGUCGGCCAACCCCAGCAGUCUGCAGAUGGCUCAGCUCUGGGCAUCACACGCUCAUGAAGGCUACCCUCCCCUCCCGAGCAGCCUGUACUCCAGUCCGUACCUGUCCCUGGGCCGCCUGGAGACCUCCUCGCUCUCCCAGCAUCCUCUCUAUGACCCUCAUAAAGACGGAUACUUCCUGUCGUCCUCACUGAGCCAGUCGCCUCUGCACCCUCCUCCUGCGUCCUCGACCACCCCGUCCAGCUCCACACCUCCUCAGAGGACACCUCGGGACGGGGGCAGGGACAGGACUUAUCGGGCAGAGCGGGAGCGGGACAAGGAGAGGGAGCGGCUGCGCGAGGAGACGCGGCCGCACAGCGUGGUGGAUCUGACGCAGGAGGGGAGAGGAGAGGACGACCGCAGGGCGAGCAGAGACCGGGAACGAGACAAAGACAAGGACCACGACACGGACAGAGACAGGGAUGGUUGGCCUUUCCAUCCUCACCAGCAAAAGUCACACUCCCACCCUUCCACGGCGGAGUCCAGAUCCAGACUGUCGCCUCCACAGCCCUCCUUCCCUCCUGGUGGGGGCGGAGGCGAGGGCAGGUUCCCUGGACCAGAAAAAGACAGACGGGGUCGGGAAGAGGAGGGCGGCUGCCGGUCCCACCACGGCCACAACUCCCACCCCAAUAACUCCAGCUCUCAUUCAGAGCGACAGAGAAGGAACGAGUGUGUGGCCUCGUCAGCCGGGGCCCUGCACGUCUCCUACGUCCUCCCCCCUCCCCUGCAGCAGUCCAGCGCCGGUCCUCCCCACCUCUCAGCGCCCAGAGAGCCCGUCAGAGAGCAGCGGGUCAGCGCGCCCACAUAUGUGCCUUCUGUGGAGGUUUACGACGAGCGGGUAGGGCCCAUCCAGAUCGCCUCUCAGGCCCGGGACAACAAACACAGAGACAGAGAGCGGGACAGAGAGCUUGAACGAGACAGGGACAGGGAGAGGGAGAGGGAGAGGGAGAGCUACCGGUUUCAUGAGAAAAGCCUCCUGGAGCAUCACCGGCCUUCUCAGGCUAGCGAUAUGAGCAAUCAGAGGGAGGAAGGCUCGGUCAUUUGUUCCAAUGGCUCCCUUAGUAAACGCAGUCAGGAUGCAUCUUUCUCCUCAAGCCAGUCAUGCUUCAGCCCAGAAACCAGAGACCUCUCCAAACACUCGCUCCGGAUCGGCGCCGAGCCCAAGUGGAACGCCAUGAGCCCGUCGGCCAACUACGCCACCAAUCACAUGGCUGCCCUGGCAGCUCAGCACGGACACGGUCUCUCCACUCCUCACAGCCAGCCGUCGCAAACGCACAAGUCCGGCUCCCCGCACACGUCGCAUCGACCCAGCAGCUCGCAGUCCUCCCACAGUCACUCCCCACAAACGCACGGACACGGGCGGCCCGCCGAGGAGGGGAGUCAGAGGCGCUACCUGGACCAGUCGGGGCUGUAUCGCCCCGCGGGGCCGCUGGUGGGAGCGCCCGGUGGAGGAGAGCAUCCGGACUCGGCCGAGGUUUCAGCCAUGCAGAGUUUGAUUAAGUACAGCGGGAACUUUGCCGCUGAAGGCUCCGCCUCCUCCAGGCACGUCAUGGACGGACGAGGGCCUUUCGGCGGUCUGGGAAACAUCGGGAUGGCUGCCGAGAGGGAAAAGGAGAGACAGCGGGAGAGAGACAAGGAGCGAGUUGCAGGAGCGAUGAGGGUACCCCCUCAGCUGAAGAGGGAGCAGGAGCGGCCGGAUAGCGCCCGCUCCUUCGGCAGAGAGGGGGACGGCGAGGUGCGGCAUCCUCCUGUGGGCAUCGCCGUGGCCGUGGCCCGGCAGAGAGACAGCGGGAGCUCCGGGAAACAGACCAGCGGGAGCUCAGACCCACAGAGACCCCUGCUGCAGACUGCUAUUAAAGAUGAGGAUCGAGGGGAAGAGCGUGCUCGCCAUCAUGAUGAGCGACUGCUGGCUGGCCGGCUGGAACGUGAGCAAGAGAAGGUCAUCAGAGAGUCCAAGAAUCUGCCCGAGUUCACUCAGAUGCACCCCGUCCCUCUGUCUAGCGGCUUGACACCUAGUAUGAUGACGCCCAGCCUCAUGACCCCUAACCUGAUGGUCACAGGGGGGGCAGGGCGGUGGCCUCCCGACCCCUCAACCCUGACCUCUCACCCCUGGAUGCCCCGGCCCGGAGCCCCGCCGGUCUGGCUCUCCAGCUCUCCAUACGGCCUGGCCCCCACCCCUCUCCACCAGACCCUCCCCCCAGGCUACCCGCCCUCUCUGCCGGGCUCCAUGCCCCCCCACUACCAGUUUGCCAGGGACCCGCAGUCUGGACAGCUGAUCGUCUUCCCUACUGAGCACCUGCCACAUUACGGAGGCGACGUACUGGAGCGUGGGGCCCCGGUGUGGUCGAGCGUGUACGGCACGGGCAGCUCUCUGCAGCACGCCGCCCAGCUGCAGCUCCUCUCUCAGCAUCAGAUCCUGCGGCAGCAGGAGCUCUUCAUGAUCCAGCAGCACACGGCGCAGGUGCUGGAGCUUCAGAGGAACGCACAGAUCGUGGAGCGCCUGAAGGCCAGUGAGCAUCGGCCGGAGAUCGAAGACAAAGCGGAGAAGCGGAACACCGACCCAAAAACCCGACCCUCGUCCAUAUCUUCCCCAUCACCCUCACCUGUGCUGCAUCCUCGCAAGCCUCCCCAUCCCUCUCGUUCUCCAACUCCAUCCACGUCCUCGCUCACCCCUCUGCCUCCGACCCCCUCCCCGGUGGCCACGCUGAAGUCGGAGGAGGGAGGGCACAGAGUCGUGUCUCACGCACCAAAGCUGUUGCUGCACCCGACAUCUCCACGCUCCGCUUCCCCGCCCCCGUCCUCGCCGCGACGACCCAAACAGGAGGAGGGGGAGGUGGGAGUGAGGGAGCAGAGGAAAAAGUCAGCCACUACACCCUUCCAAGGCAUCUACUCUGAUCUGCCUCCAGGUUACCCAUACCAAUCCAUCACUGCACCAUAUGGCUCCUUCCCCCCUUAUCACAUCCCAGCAUCGACAGCUGAGAACCCAGAAGCACAUCGAUCUUGUUCUCCUGCGCCUUGUGCUCCUUUAACUCCAACUCACCACCAUUCAAGGCUUUUAGAUGCAGAAAUCAAGCCCCAGAAUCUGGAGCCACUGAAGGCGGGGUCCUUCCUUAAACAGCCACCCCGUGAGGAGCACCCUGAGCCCGAGCUGACACCGGAGCCCCUCAGUCCUCUUCUGCUGAGCCGCAGCGCCGACCGGGAACACAAAGAUAAUGAGGUAGACAGACAAGCCCCGAAGACUCCCAGUCCUCCGCCUCCACAAGACGUGGGAAAGGAAGAGAGCGAUGAAGGCGUGAUUAAAACGGAAGCGUCGUCUAACUCAUGUCAGGCGGUUAAAGCCGUGCCCCCCGUUCCUGCAGAAGAUGAACCUAAACCAGAACUAAUAAAGGAAGCAGAGCUAGCCCCAUAUCACCCAUCCAUCUCUGUGGAUUCAGACAACCAGGAGAUGCCUCCGACGUGUGCGUCACCAGAGCAGACAUCUGUGUGUGAGCUGGAGGCGCCCGACGCUCCAUCAGACUCCUUCCCUCCCUGUUUGGAGGAAAGUACCUGUGAGCCUCCCGUCCUCCACCCUCCCCUCCCUCUUGUCAUCAGCUCAGAGGAUCCCAUGGGAGGGAUGCUCGCCCUGCUCACAGCCAGCGAGAUGGCCCAGGCCCGACCCACAACCCCACCCAUCCCAACGCUUGAAUCUCAGGUGGACAAUCCUCCCUUUGCUUCAGACUGCAGCAGCGCGGGAACUCUGGAGAUGGUGGCUCUGGAGGGGAUGGCCCUCCUCAGUCAAAUGGCUAAAAAUGAGACGGAGCUUAUUUUCCAGACACAAGAUCUGACAUUAGACGGCCUGGACUGUCUUCUCGAUGCCAGCAGACAGAUCUUGCUGGAGGCUAUAGAGAAGCAGUCCCACGUCGAUCUGCCAAGAACCCUGGACCCCGACAAGAAGUACAGCUGGAGGCAGAGGAAGGAAGAGCCACUGUACAGCAAAAUGGCUGUGGACGUGUUGGACGCCGUGGAGGUGGAAUACCGCGUUCGCCUGGCCGAGCUGCAGAAGACGUAUAAGGAGAAGCAGAGAGAGCUGAGCAAGCUGCAGCGGCGCCGGGACAAGAGAGAGAGGCAGCAGCAGGAGGAGGAGAGGAGGAGUCUGACCAGACGUGGCAGGGGAAGACCCAGGAAAAGGAAGCAGUUGCCUACACCUACCAAACUGGACAGCAGGCCUGGAAAGGUGGGUCGGACGGUGCAAUACUCGGAGGACUCUGAAGCCGGAGAAGGACAGAGGAAGAGGUUCCGUUUGUCCAGAGACGAAGACGACGCGGAAACUGGAGCGGUGAAGAAGAAGAAAAAGAAGAAGAAGAGCUGGAGCGACCAGGAGCCGUCCAGCACGCACGUCCUAGAGGCCCUGAAGGCGAAGCGCGGCCACGUGUGCGAGCAGGAGCAGCUGGCCUCGGACCUCGACAGAGCGCUCUCGCUCUCGCAGCUCGGCUCCCUCGGAGCCGCCCGCAGCCUCACCUCCAGCUCCAAGCCAGAGAAGUCGAAGGGCAGGUGUUGUGAAAGCGGGCUGAAGGAGCGAGGCGUUCACGCCGCGGUCAAAGGCGGCAAACUCAAGUUGGCCGCAAAAGCUUCGGCCGCCGAGGCCGUCCGAAAGGCGAAGAGUCAGAAGAAGAGCGUAUUCUCUCCGAGGAGAUCUGAGCUCAGCAGUUGCUCCAACAAUUCAGAUUCAGAGGAGCACAUUUCUUCUCGAGGGGGCUGGCCUCCUCACUCCGCGACGCGUCCCCACGACAGCUCGACCAGGAAGAGGCGCUCAGCGUCGUCGCCGACCUCCCUGCUCCCCAGUCAGAAAUCUUCCAGGAAGAAACACAAGCACUUAUCCCUGCUGCUGGAGGAGGCGGGCCUUAGCUCCUCUGACGACUCCUUCGACCAAGAGACCUCGGAGGAUGAAGAGGAGGACGAGUCUGAUUCGGGCGGCGAUGGUUGUGAUGACGACGACGAUGGCGGCUGUGAGGAGAGCGGGCUGGGUCUGCUAGCCAGGUUUGCAGCCAGCGCCCUCCCGGUCAGCCCGCCCCCGCUGAGCCUCCUCCAUGAAGGCAAGCACUGCAGCAGCAGCAGCAGCAGGCAGAGCACUCUGGGUUCACCAGACUGUGAGUGGUCAGAUUCCGGCUCAGACCUGAGGCAGAGGAAGUUCCCUUCCCUUCUGCACGGGAGGCGCUCGGCCCCCGAGCUGCCCCUCCUGCCGCCGGCUACCCGCCGAGGCGAUCAGGCCAGCCCCACCAAGCGAGAUGAAGCGCUGCCGGCCAAGCGAAAGCCUCUGACAAAAACCCGCCCGUCGCCCCGAUCUCCCCGCAGAUUCAGCUUCGACCUCUCCGCCGGCAUCGGGGGCUUCAGCGAGGACGAGGGCUGGAACCGGCGGCGCAGCGAGAGGAUCUUCCUCCACGACGCCACCACCGCGGCCAGUCAGACGUCUCUGUCGACGUCUUGCUCCACCAGUCAGAGCUCCUCGUCCUCCGUCUCGGCCCCGGCUCUCACGCCCAAGCCUUCCGUCAAACCGAAAACCACCCCAGCUGUCCGAGAGGGCAAAGACGUGAUAAAAAAAAAGAAGCAGAAGGACUCUUCUGUGCCGGUCAGCCCGUCCACUUUGUGCAGCCCGGUGUCGGAUGGGGCCGCGCCUCUGAGCCCGGUGCACAAGAUCCAAUCCAAAGGCAAGAAUAAAGCAAGAGAGCCGUCCAGGGGCGCUGUGAGCCGACUGAUGGAGAGCAUGGCAGCGGACGAAGACUUCGAGCCAAACCAGGACAGCAGCUUCAGCGAAGACGAGCUCCUCCCUCCGCGGAACAGCAGCGUCUCCGAGAGGUCUUCCACGCCUGCUCCAGUGCAGUGCGUGUUGGAUAAGGACUCUCUGGUGGAUGGACUCAGAGUUUUGAUCCCGAUGGACGACCAGCUUCUCUACGCAGGACAUGUGAACACUGUUCACUCCCCGGACAUAUACAGCGUGGUGGUGGAGGGGGAGAGAGGAAACCGACCGCACAUCUACUGCCUGGAACAACUGCUUCAGGAAGCUAUAAUCGACGUGAAGCCUCCGUCCGUGCGUUACCUCCCAGAGGGCACCCGGAUCGCUGCCUACUGGAGUCAGCAGUACCGCUGCCUUUACCCGGGAACGGUUGUCAACGGAAGCUCAGAUAUUGACGAGAACGACGACCUAAUCACGGUGGAGUUCGAUGAUGGAGACACAGGACGCAUCCCGCUCUCCCACAUCAGGCUGCUGCCUCCGGACUACAAGAUCCACUGCGCAGAGCCGUCCCCCGCGCUGCUUGUGGCCGGACCCUCCAGGAGGAGGGUGCGCAAAUGCAGCAAGGAGGCAGGAGCGAAGCCCGAGGAAACGACACCCAGAAUCAAAGGGAAACCGGGUCGGAAGCCGAAACCUAAACCUGAGACCUCCAUCAAACAGGAAGGUCGGGAGAAAGCUGAUCUUCUACCUUCCUCCAGCCAGUCGGCUGAGAGACCUCAAGCUCCAGCAAAACCUGCCCCGGACAGGACCUCCUCGCUCCCGAAAACUCCUCAGGAAAAGCCUCGUCCUGCGUCCCGGCCAACAAUGAGCACGCAGGCGAAAUCGGACCGCAAGAACUCUGGAGCUUCCCCCGCAAGCAGCCCCACACUCCCCAGUCCCGUGCCUCGAAAGAGCAGCUCUGCCCAGUCUCCUGUUUCUAAGGCGUCCCGAGCCCUCCCCUCCUCUCUCUAUCCAUCCACUUAUGGGAAGGUUCUGACUGUGGAUCUGUACAGCGAGCCCAACCUGAACUCCUACAACAGCCAGCGCAGAGACAGGGAGAGCAGCAGCUCCAUCAGUCCCACCGCCAACAGGCCUGUGCCGAGGCCUGCGCUCACCGUCUCAUCCUCCUCGCCCAAACCCAACGCUACAUCCACACCCAGGCCUGCUUCCGUCUCCUCGUCCAGGAUGAAGUCCUCCUCGGAUCAUCAGAGCAGCUCCAGAUCCGGCCUCGGCUCCGGACUGCUCCCCAGCCCCAUCUCCAGGCUGGCGACUGGCAAACCCGCCUCUUCUCUGGCACCCAGACCGUCGUCGUCACUUUCACCCACGACCAACUCCAAGCCGAAGCUGAAGAUCCCAUCAGACCAGAUGAGCAGACCCAUCUCCAGGCCCAAGUCCAUCUCUGGGCAGAGAAAGUCCUCGUCCGCCGAGCCCCUCGUCAAGCUCGACCACGAAGGCGUCACCUCCCCGAAGACUAAAAAGACCAAAGCUUUGAUGUUGCUGGAGGGGCAGGGCAUCAGGAGAGACCACGCCCCUAUCACCACUUCCACAGCCAAUCAGAAGCUGCUGAAGGCGAAGAUGAGAGCUCCCGAGAGGGUGACCAGUCUGCCUGCCAAGGAGCCUGCCUACAAGAGCCAGAUCCUGGCUAAGGACAAGCCGGAGAGUCGAGGAAGCGGAGGCAGAGGACAUGAGAUGGACACUAGAGACAAGGCAGGAAAAGAGGAACAGAAGGAGUUGUUGGAGAAGAAGGAGGAGAGGAAGAUGAAAGAGGAAUCUCAGAGUAGCAGCAGCUCAGAGUCAGAGGAAGAGGCGGGAAAUGGGAAGGUAAAGAAGAAGAAGAAAUGCACCUCUAGCUGCUCCUCCUCUUCGUCAUCCUGCUCCGGGUCCUCCUCCUCAUCAUCUUCUUCGUCAUCCUCAUCGUCCUCAUCCUCGACGGAUGACUCCUCCUGCAGUUCAGAUGAGGAGAGGACCCAUACGCCUCCGCCUGUCCCCAUCCAGAAAACCCCAACACAGGACAAACCCAAAGAGGACGUGAAGGAGGAGGAGGAAGCGGAGGAGGAGAAGGAAGCGGAGGAGGAGAAGGAUGUGAAGAAGGAGGUAGACGUUAAAGUAGAGGAGGAAGAAUUUUCCCCUCGCUCGAGCUCUCCCUCCCCAUCAACUCCUCCAGUCACCGCCGCUCCUGCUCCCAGUAAACCAGCAAAACCCACCAGUGGGAAGGGCUCCGGGCAGAGGGGCCGUCCUCCCAAACCAAAACCAAGCGGAGGAGAGGGGAAGGCUGGGAGGCCCAAGAGGAGAGAGGGAGUCCACCUCCCCACGACUAAGGAGCUGGCCAAACGUCAGAGGCUUCCCAGCGUGGAGAACCGGCCCAAGAUCUCUGCUUUCCUCCCAGCCAGACAGCUCUGGAAGUGGUUCGGUAAACCCACUCAGAGACGUGGCAUGAAGGGGAAGGCUAAGAAACUCUUCUACAAGGCCAUCAUGCGUGGCCGGGAGAUGAUCCGCAUCGGGGACUGCGCCGUGUUCCUGUCUGCCGGGCGGCCCAACCUGCCCUUCAUCGGCCGCAUCCAGAGCAUGUGGGAGUCCUGGGGCAGCAACAUGGUGGUCCGGGUCAACUGGUUCUACCAUCCGGAGGAGACCAACCCCGGCAAGAAACUCACCGAUAAGAAGAACUGGGAUCAGAUGUGCGGUCAGUCUUUACCAGCGGCUCUGCACUCGUCCAUCCAGAGGAAAGACUUCAUGGAGCGUGCCCUCUACCAGUCGUCCCACAGCGACGAGAACGACGUGCAGACCAUCAGUCACAAGUGUCUGGUGGUGAGCGUGGAGGAGUACGAGCAGAUGAUCCACACCCGCCGCUACGCCGACAGCGAGGACCUGUACUACCUGGCCGGCACCUACGAACCCACGACCGGAAUGAUCUUCAACACGGACGGCGUCCCGGUCAUCUGCUAGAAGAGCUACUGAAACCAAAUCACGGCACGACCUCGGCGAGGACCUCGGCCCGGUCUGUGGUCUGAUCACUGAUCUUGAUUGUUUUGAAUGCGGACCGUGACUCCAUGAACUGAACAGCUCCCACACCACCAUACACUUCAGAGAGAGACUGUCGACGACAGCGCUAACUACGGAGACGGGGAGACACUACAGACAGUAUUAAGACAGAACCGGUCUCCUGAAGCAUUUGCACACACAGACUUCACUAUCCCACUCUAUUCACGGGGGAAAAAAGGUAUAAAUACUUCCUAUUGUGUGUAAAUAUCUCCCCAGCGGAAACAGACACAUACCGUAUGUAUGCUCACACGUGCACAAACACGCUGUAAAUACUCCCCCCUUAUGUAAGAGACGGCGGUAUCUAUAGGAAAAAUCUAAGUGUUUUAUUUUCAUGUGAUAGAUUUAUGUCAGAGUACUUUUUUUUUUCCGAAGAGGUAAACAGUAAAGAAGCUUUAACAAACUGUGAAUGAUGAAACAGGAGAGGCACAUGCCUGUUCGCCCUACAGGGGGAAAGCUGGUGUGAUGUUGUGAUUAUGAUGUUCCCGUGGUGAUGUUACAGUCCCGUUACAGUCCUAUAAAUGUGUGUACAGAACAGCAGGAGCAACAGACGCAAAGAAAGGAACGCACCGAAGAGACAGAGGUAGAAUCCUACCGCCGCAAUCCAACAGAAAGCACUUAGAAACACUCCCGUUAUUUAACCCCCGCCAUCCUGACAAUCGCAAGUCAGGGCAAAGUGUCCCUGCACUGUUGAAAUUUGACUCCCUCGUUAACUCAGGCUAAAGAGAGAGGAUGUAAUGUCGCAUCUUCGGAAGCACUUCUUAUUUUGGGAUAAAUGGGCACCCAAACGCACUAUGACAGAAAAACCAGCUGCAGUCGGAGGGACUUCUGUCACCUUCUCCCCGGUUUAGCGCCCAGAUUCAGCAACACUUUGCUGUACAGCCAUGAGACAGUAGGCAUGGGCCGGUAUCAGAGUCUCCUGGUUUAACCUUUUUAGUAAAAACACCCAGGGUUUAAUUUUAUUUACCCAGGAACAUGAGCAAAAACCUAUUGAACACAAUCAAACUGCUUUUAUUUAAAGCAGAAAAGCAACAAUUAUUGCUGCUGUUGCUUAAAUAGUCUAAUAUAUAUAAUAAAACAACGACUUUUCUAUGACUUUCAUUAUUUUGAUUUUAAGCAAAAAUAUAGAAUAGGUACCCUCUAAAUGUAGCUUUUUAAUUGUUAUUGCAUGCCAUUCAGUUCUUUGUAGAGUAAAACAAGUAUAAGAAUCUGAUAUUAAUGGUUAAUAAGUCAGACUGGGUCACUAGCCUGCAGUCUGCUGCUUUACAGGAGCAGCUUGCCAACUGUUGCAGGACCUGUUUAAGAGACACUCCUUUAGUUUCCACACCAGCACUACGUGUUUUUAUUACAGGAAAUGCUUUUUGUCCUGUUUUCAGACUGGACCCUAAUUUGGCAACCAUCGUAAACUGUGCGCGUUCUUUUAAUCUGACAAAUAAGUCCCAUCUGCACCCAUAUUCUGAUUUAUUGCAAAUGACCAUACUUGAACUAAGUUGAGGCUUAGGGUGUACCUGAAAAUGGGGCACAUUUUUUCCAUUUCUUUUUGUCGUUAAAAAGUGAAACUAAACAUAAAUGGAAAUUUGUCUACUUGGACAAAAAUAAAAAAAUAAUGUUUUUUUCUUUUCCUUAUGAAGAAAUCCAAGUACCAAAACAAAAUGUCCUCCUUGAUGCUGGUAACCGGCCGAUGCCUACAUGGUGCGGGUGCCUGGAGGCUGUGACAAAGAAUUUCUUAUUUUCUUUUACGAAGAAGAAAACAGGGCAACAUCUUGAUCUCAGUGUCUGUGUGGGAACGUUGGGAUCAGAAAUCCCAGUCAGUGGGAAUAUUUUAGUUUAAUGGUUGCAAACACUGCAGUCAGUCCAAGAUUCAUCAAGGUCACGGCGCUGAUAUUCACCACGCAGCUGUUGAAAGUGAUCCAAUCAGCGUAAUUCAAUUUUAAACACUCAUUUUCCACAGCUUGGCUUCCUUCGUUCUCUCAUUGUGUGUGUGCCACCUUCAAAUGUCCUGUGGGUUCAGUGUUUUCUCGCUUUCAGCUUCUGCUGUUUUGUGGGAAAGUUUCUUGGCCCUCUUUAAUCACAUGCUUCCCUCCAAACAAUCACAGUUUCCACAUGAGUGCACUUUGAACAAGGAGACUCUGAGCCUGGGAGUCUUGUAUUGUGUCUUCCUUGAGUAUUUACUCCCAUCGGACACCCCCCACCCUCCCAUUUUACCCCAUUGAUGCAGGUGAACUAACAAGCGCAGCCACGUCCAUCACAACACAUUCUGAUCGCUGGUUCUUUUAGCUGCCUGAGACUUUUCUUUAUCUAUGUGCCUCAUUCAAGAUUUUCCCUCUCUUGUUCUUUUCAGUAAGGCUGCUGAAUGUCGUGCUCAGGAACGUGAGUGCUUUAAGCGGCCUUACUUCCCUAGGCCUUAUGAUGUUUUGCCAAACUCUCGUCUCCCUCUAGUGUCCACACUGUCUUCAGGUCCAGAGGAAUAAUCCCAAAAUUCUUUCCCCAGUCUUUUUGCCUUCUUUGCUAUACCGUUUUCUAAAGACUGUCAGAUAAAUAAAUAUAUAUACAGCACGUUACUGGUAUGUAACUGCGUUACUUUUUACUGGCCUAUCAUGACCUGGUAUUAGAUUCUCACGGUGAGAUUAACUUCAGUAAAGAAUAAAAAAUACACGGUUUCACAAUUAUUAACACAAAAAUUGAAAGACAAAAUGUUUAACCCAUUUAAUUUCAAAUGGAAAAGCACAAAACAGUCGGCCAAAUUUGUCUUUAAUGUCCAUGAGAGAAAAGUGUCCGUUUUCUUUCAGCCACCUGACUGGCAGUGCGCAGCAACAGGCAGGGGUGGGAUAGAUGACGCUCCUUUAGCUUCUACACACAGACUAACCAUGAUUUUGGUGACUGGAAAUAUUUCCAGGCUGCCGUGUGUGUGUGUGUGGUAGCCUUCUUUCAGCCAGCUGACCAGUAGUGUGCAGCUGGAUUAUUUAAUGCUACGUGCAGUCAGAGAAACUCCCAGUCACACCAGCACUAUUCUUCUCAUUUUAAAAGACUCCAAACCUCCUGGAUGUCGGAAAUCUUGAGCGGAUUUGAACCGUAACUUUUUGAAACCUUUGUAUACGUUGUUACAGUGAACUGACCCAUGCCUACUCGUUCCUUUCUCUCUGCACUGCUGCAGAGUUUGAAGACUGUCUUGUUGAUAUUCAAUAGGUUUUAAUAUUUUCUACUCUCUUGAGACUUCCUGUUUUUUUUUUUUUGUUUUUUUUUCUCCACAUUCGUCUGUUUUUAUUUGCCGUUGCUGGCUGCAGAAUGUUUUUUCAGGGAAGAACCAAUAUGCUUUUCUGGCAUCUUCCUGUUAAAUGAGGCAAUUCGGUGCACAUUCAUGGCUAACCCAGACACGACAGCCUCCCAGUAAAGUUUUUUUUUUUUUUUUUUUUAAACGUGCUGCUAAUCUAUUCGUAUUUAAAACGGUUUAAGCCAGGUACAGAGUUGACUCUAUUUGCUGUUUUUUUCCUUUCUUUUGACUUGCUAAAAUAAUGUAUCUGCUAAAGCCACCCCAUUUUCCCCGAUUAUGCUGCUCUUAAGUCCGUUUGAGCGACAGACGGCUCAGAUGGAUCUCGGUUUGGUAUCUGAGCGGCCGGCGUUUGCGGAGUGAACAAGUUUAAAGUGCCCGUUAUGAAUGUUUGUUUACCCCUGGAGCUGCUGAAGCACUUUUCUCCGUAUGUCUGCGUGUGUGUAAGGAGGCUGAUAAGACAUCACAGUCCUAUCUCCUGAUAACACACACGUGCACCUACACACCCUGAAAGCCCCUCUUACAGGUGGUCAUAAUUGCCUUUUUUUUUUUUUUUUUUUUUUUUUUUUUUUUGCCCCCUUAUCUCCAUUAAAAGCCCAGUCUCCAACCUAAACAGGGUCCGACACUUACACGUUUUUUUACCCUCCACUACGCCUUGAUAAAUGUGUUUUGUUUCACAUGUUGUUUUUAAUGUAAUGUUUGUUUUGUAAUGUUUAUUAUCAAAUUAUUUUUGCUGUGCUUAUUUUUUGCUUUUUUUUUUUUUUUUAAUGUUUGCUUUGCCAUUCACCCCCUUCUUCCCCUUUCUGAACAAUCGUCCACGCCUCUCAAGCAAUACUGCUGACGGGCACUGGGAGCUAGCUGCUAGAAAGAGAGAGAGAGAGAGAAAUGGAAGAGCGAGCAAACAAGAGUAUGAGAGAGAGAGAGAGAGAGAGAGAGAGAGAGGUGGACUGGAGGCUGGUUCUUCGUCUGCUGUUCCUUCAGUAUCGUUAUUGUCCUGUUACAGAGAAAAGAUUAUUUUGAGAAUAAACAGAAGAAUCAUCUAAGUUUUGUAAAUGAUCCUUCGCUGUCGAGGGAAGAAAACUAUCAGAAUUUACUUUGUCUAAUCUUGUAAAAAAAAAAAAUGCAAAAUGAAUACAUUUUAGAGAAAUCUGAAGCUACAUAGAUUCUGUCACCCUAUAUUAAAUGUGUAAGGAACUCUGUUUUUUCCUUUUUUUUACAGAAAGCAACCACGUUUAUCAGUGUUUCUUUGAAAUUGUUUUAGUAAGUAAAUAUUUUAUAGUUGAUCAAUAAACAGAUGGAACUGUA